AUGAGGCCGCCUUUGCAGCCCUGGUUGCCGUCAUUGACGUCGCAGUCGACGAGCUGCUUCUCGGAGAGGGGCACCAACUUGCCCGUCUUGAUCUGGGUGAUGCCCUCCACCGCCGCCACCGCCGAGAAGGCCCAGCAAGAUCCUGGGUCAAAAGAGGCGAGUCAACGGGCGCCCUGCCAGUUCGGUCUUUCAAAAUGUCAAACGAUUCGGUUCGAGUUGUAGUUGGCUACCGCAUUGACCCUGGUUCUUCACGGGAGUGACUGCCCCCCUCUUCCUCCAGUCCACGCUGACGGGAAGACCGGGCCUGAGCGGCUUCGGGCAGCCAUAUGACCCCCACUCAUCUCCCUCCGCCGAACCGCAAGGUCCUUCGGCGGCUGCCGUAGACGGUGCGGCAGCGACCGGCGGGGGCUGAGAAAGCAGGCACAGAUGCUUGGCCCUGAACUCCUCGUUGGUCAUGUCGGCGAACUUGCUGUCCGUGAGAUUGUACGAGAGCCCCAUGGAGUUGACGACGUCGACGAGAGCGACAUUGGAGCUGUAG